CAAUUGAAUCCCAGCCCCACAGCCCUCAUUACACAGCCACAAGUCAACGUGAAAGAGAAAGCCUGGAAGUUCGCAUGCGGGAAGUGGAAGAGGAAAAUCGUGCACUACGCAAGCAGCUCAGUCUGGUCCAGAGCCGGGGCAUGUCCCACCGACGAGGCAAUCACUCAAAAACUUACUCCAUGGAGGAAGGGACUGGGGACAGUGAGAGCCUCCGGGCUGGCAUUGUGGCAGGGAACAGCUCUGAAUGUGGACAACAGCCAGCAGUGGAGAAGUGCGAGACAAUCCACGUCGCCAUUGUAUGCGCUGGAUACAAUGCCAGUCGGGAUGUCGUCACUCUCGUCAAAUCAGUCUUAUUUCAUAGACGGAACCCUCUUCACUUCCAUCUCAUUGCAGAUGCCAUUGCCAAACAGAUCUUGGCAACCCUUUUCCAGACAUGGAUGGUCCCUGCAGUGCGCAUAAACUUCUAUGAUGCUGAUGAGUUGAAGUCUGAAGUGUCCUGGAUACCCAACAAGCACUAUUCUGGCAUCUAUGGACUGAUGAAGCUGGUUCUCACAAAGACACUUCCCGCCAAUCUUGAGCGAGUCAUUGUCCUUGAUACCGACAUUACCUUUGCUACAGACAUUGCUGAGCUUUGGGCUGUCUUUCACAAAUUCAGAGGUCAGCAGGUUCUUGGUUUGGUAGAGAACCAGAGUGACUGGUACCUAGGAAACCUCUGGAAAAAUCACCGUCCCUGGCCAGCUCUUGGAAGAGGUUACAAUACAGGGGUUAUUCUGUUACUUCUGGAUAAAUUGCGCAAGAUGAAAUGGGAGCAGAUGUGGAGACUCACAGCUGAAAGAGAGCUAAUGAGCAUGCUCUCCACCUCAUUGGCCGACCAGGACAUUUUCAAUGCAGUCAUCAAACAGAAUCCCUUUCUUGUCUAUCAGCUUCCCUGUUUCUGGAAUGUCCAAUUGUCAGACCACACCCGCUCUGAACAAUGCUACCGGGAUGUUUCUGAUCUUAAGGUGAUACAUUGGAACUCGCCCAAAAAGUUGAGAGUAAAGAACAAGCAUGUGGAGUUUUUCCGCAACCUCUAUCUGACAUUCCUAGAAUAUGAUGGGAACUUGCUGAGGCGAGAGCUUUUUGGAUGUCCCAGUGAAGCUGAUGUCAACAGUGAAAAUCUACAGAAACAACUAUCUGAGCUGGAUGAAGAUGACUUAUGUUAUGAGUUUCGGCGAGAGCGUUUCACCGUCCAUCGGACUCACCUAUAUUUCCUACACUACGAAUAUGAGUUUGCUACAGAUAACACUGAUGUGACCCUGGUGGCACAGCUCUCCAUGGACAGACUGCAGAUGCUUGAAGCCAUUUGUAAGCACUGGGAAGGGCCGAUCAGUCUGGCACUCUAUCUUUCCGAUGCAGAGGCCCAACAAUUUCUGCGCUAUGCUCAAGGUUCAGAGGUCCUCAUGAGCCGUCACAAUGUUGGAUAUCACAUAGUGUAUAAAGAGGGACAAUUCUACCCUGUGAAUCUCCUGCGAAAUGUGGCUAUGAAACACAUCAGCACUCCAUACAUGUUUCUGUCUGAUAUUGACUUCUUGCCUAUGUAUGGACUCUACGAGUACCUCAGGAAAUCUGUUGACCAACUUGACUUAGCCAAUACAAGAAAAGCUCUAAUUGUACCUGCUUUUGAAACUCUCCGCUAUCGCCUCUCUUUUCCAAAGUCAAAGGCAGAGCUGUUAUCUAUGUUGGACAUGGGAACACUCUUCACAUUCAGGUAUCACGUAUGGACAAAAGGGCAUGCACCAACCAAUUUUGCCAAGUGGCGAACAGCCACCACACCAUACCGAGUUGAAUGGGAAGCAGAUUUUGAGCCAUAUGUUGUGGUAAGGCAGGAUUGUCCAGAAUAUGACCGAAGGUUUGUUGGAUUUGGUUGGAAUAAAGUUGCACACAUUAUGGAAUUGGAUGCACAGGAAUAUGAAUUCACGGUGCUUCCCAAUGCCUAUAUGAUCCACAUGCCACAUGCGCCCAGCUUCGACAUCACCAAAUUCCGUUCCAACAAGCAGUACCGUAUUUGUCUCAAGACCCUCAAAGAAGAGUUCCAGCAGGAUAUGUCACGCCGCUAUGGCUUUGCUGCAUUGAAAUAUCUCACGGCUGAGAACAACAGCUAGCACCACCAAACUCUUAAUGGAAAGCAACCUGAAAAGAGGAGACGUUUCAUGUGUGUGGACCCCGUUCUUAAAUUGUGGGACCCCGUUGGUUGUUUUUGGUUUUGCUUUGUUUUUAAACCAUAUCAAACAGUUCUAACAGUACAGCUUUGGAACAAGUUGUCUCUGGACAUUGCUCAAAAGCACCACUCAUCCACCCCUUACAGAACUUUGGCUUGAUUGACCAAGAGGUGGAUACAAAAUGUAUGGGGUUGGGGGACAGCACUACCCACAUCUGUUCGCAACACACAGGGUGGCAGUAACUGUGUAAAACUGAUCUUUAUUCUUAAAAUUGCACACAGAUCUUCUUUGAAAUAUAGGCUUUCAUGUUACUAUUUAAUAAUAUCACAGUUUUUUU